CACAACAUUUUGAUAAGAGUAAAGAGACCGACCCGGACCCGGUGUUUUAUGACUUACUUUAAACCAUGCCGUAAGUUGAGCGAUAUAAUAUGUUUUUUAUGUUAUUACAUGAGCCAAAAAAAAAAACAAAACGUAAUAUACUAAAAAUUUAAUUAGAAAGAAUUUACAUAUUGUAAGCGUAAAAUUACAAAUUUUUGGUAAAGACACAAAAUGGCAAAACAUCAUCCAGACUUGAUAUUUUGCCGAAAACAACCAGGCGUCGCUAUUGGCCGUCUGUGUGAAAAAUGCGACGGAAAGUGUGUUAUUUGUGACUCGUACGUCCGACCGUGCACGCUAGUCCGGAUCUGCGACGAAUGCAAUUACGGUUCGUACCAGGGCCGUUGUGUUAUAUGUGGUGGCCCCGGAGUGUCUGACGCAUACUACUGUAAAGAAUGUACUGUCCAAGAAAAGGAUAGAGACGGAUGUCCAAAAAUAGUCAACUUGGGUAGUUCGAAAACCGAUCUGUUUUAUGAACGAAAAAAAUAUGGAUUCAAAAGACGGUAGCAGAUUUUAUGUUGUUUUUUAUGUCAUAUUAUGUUGAUGUUUAAAAGUAUUUUUUUUUUUUUUCAUGACGAAUUAUUACAAAAAAUAUUUAUUUUAAAUACAUUUAAAGAUAUUACACACAUUGACAAAAAUAAGGCUAAUAUUUAGUUAUAAACUUGAUUUUGCCAAUGACGACUGCACUUAAUGUACCAAUGUAUUUAUUUUAAACAAUUUUCAUAAAACUAAGCUAAAAGUACUUGGAUGCCAUAAUAAGAUGAGUAAUGUAAAACUUUUUAAUUUUGUAUUUACAACAUUACUUUUAUAUGUUUUAAACUGUUUUUGCAAUUUUAUUUUUCGCUUAAACUUAUUUUUCUGUACUGGCUUUUUUUUUCUGUGUGAUUAGAAAACUAGAUUUUCAUUGCAAGUCAAAAUUUUCUAAAUAAAUAUUAAGUCUUCACUUUACAGUUGUCAUAAUAACAGAUUUUGACUUUUACCAAAUGAAUUCAGUAACAUCUUCUAAGAACUAUUGUUUAACUAUCG